CGCCUUAAAACUGAAUCGAAAACAACAAAGGUCAAAGAUUCUUCGUUUUAUUGCUCCCUCCUCCUCGUCUUCUUCUUCUUCGUUGUCUCUGCAACAAUCUUAGAUUCAGAAUUUCGAUCCCCAUGUAUUGUAAUCUCUGUUGGAUCUCUAAUUCACAAAUGCAAUUGUAGAGAGAUUUGCUUUUCUUUCUCUUUUAACCCUUCUCCUCCUCUCCGCAUCUCAAUUUGUUCUAAAUCCUUUGUUUGACAUAGACAAGAAGUAGAGACAUUCAAAGUUCUUGUCUUUAUUGUUUGUUCUGGAGAAUGGGAGCACCAAAGCAGAAGUGGACAGCGCAAGAAGAAACAGCUCUGAAAGCUGGAGUUCUCAAACAUGGCACUGGCAAAUGGCGCACCAUUCUCUCCGAUCCUGAGUUUACCUCUAUCCUCAAGUCUCGCUCCAAUGUCGAUCUCAAGGACAAAUGGAGGAACAUAAGUGUAACAGCCAUGUACGGAUCUAGGAAGAAGGCUAAGCUUGCUCUUAAAAAAAUUACAUCCUCUCAUGAUGAUGAUAGCGCUACUACUGCUCUUACCAUCGUUGCUCUCGCUAACGGAGUUCAACACAUUUCUUCUCCUCCUGUUUCUUGUCUACCACCACCACCACUACAGCCAGAUUUUGAAGGACUCUUUACAAGUGUGGAUGAAUUGAUAUUAGAGGCUAUCACUAAUUUUAAGAGACAUUUGGGUCCUGAUGGAAAGUCCAUCUUGCUCUAUGUAGAGGAGAAACACAAUAUGCAACCUGAUAUGAAACGGCUUGUCACUUCAAGACUUAAGCAUUUGGUUAAUGUCGGAACUAUAGUCAAGAUAAAGCACAGAUACAGGAUUUGUCGGAACGGAGCAGAACAAAGCUCACCUCAACUCUUUUUGGAAGGGAACAAGGAGAAUGGUGGUGUCCAACAACAUCUUACUCAAUCCCAAGGAGAUGGGGAGUUGUUUAUGAUAAAGGGCAUGACAGCACAAGAAGCUGCUGCAGCAGCUGCAAGAGCAGUGGCGGAAGCAGAGUUUGCAAUAUCAGAAGCUGAAGAAGCGGCUAGAGAGGCAGAUGAAGCCGAAGCAGAAGCUGAAGCUGCACACAUUUUUGCCAAAGCUGCAAUCAAAGCUUUGAAGUAUAGGAUGCAAUGUAGUGAAGCCAGAUAAUGCCAAGUUUGAAUAGCUGCAGUAAUUUUUGGGGGGGUUAGUAAAAGUGUAUAUUCUGCAGCUUGUAGCAUUGGUCCCUAACUGAGAAAAAGAUUAUGUAAAACAUUUGUCUGUUGUUAUGUUGUUUAUCUCUUCUUUGUAGUAACCUCAAAGGUUUCACUGGUUUGAAGAGAACAUAAAUAAAGCCUUUGAUCAUCA